AUGGCCAACAUGCAGGCAUUGCGAGCUGAAUUGUUUCGCUUGGUCAUUUCAAGCCUUGACCCGAAGAGCGUCUUUCGCGCGAGAAGAGUCUGCGUGAGCUGGAAGCUGGCAAUCGAUGCAGACGAUACCAUCUGGCGCAGCAUUGCGCGCUGUUGGAAUCUGGAAGAAGACCUCGUAGUGUUGUCAGCUUCGAGCGGUGCUAGGGCUAGGGCUGUAACCCAACAGAAUUCUGGUGCUAGCUGCGCGCAGCUUUUGAGAAGCAGUGUCAACGAAUCAGAUACGAAGUCUUCAUUCAAGCUUCUAUGUUUUGCGUACGUCCAAAGGACGCUCUCAUGGACGACAGCUGAUGACUUCAUCGACGCAUAUCAGAGCCUCAAAUCGAGAAAGUUCGCCAAUGCGAAGUGGUGGUCGGAGGGCGUGUCCAGCAACAAACCCGCACCCGGCAAGCCCCGCGCGCGCGUCCAUCAGAACUGCCCCUCACACGAAUUUGUCGUGGACACCAUUGGAUCAUCACGGACUCUGCGACUUUACCACAAAGACUCAAGCACACCACUCAGCUCGACAGGAUGCCUGCCAGAGGUCUGGCGAGAGUUCUGCCUUCUUGUUCGACCUCCCACUUGCGUCUUCAAACCACAGCCGCGUGCACGUGGGUUCCCGGAAUACGUGGGCGUGUGGGAUACGUCGUCCAGCAAAGCGCCUGUGGUCUUCGAUGUGGUCCGAAAGGUGGAUGAUCUAGAUUUUGAUGCCGAUGAGAGUCUGCUAUUUGGGCAUGAGUCGGGAACCAACAGCCCAGUCAUCUACUCGUGUAGUGAUGGUGCCGUGUUGUCGGAGAACCUUUUUGAAAAUGUUUGGUGGCUUCUCCACAUCAACGCGCAACCGUCGAUCAGACAGACACCCUUUGAUCUAGCACAGACAGCUGGACAAGUGCUCAUAGGUACCGCAUACUGCUCGGUCCAAAGGAAUGAGAACCGGGAGUAUGAGCGGCUGCAAGUAGACAUCCGAUGGGAAUCCCCACAAGAUGAGCCGAACUCCCGGCUUCACUACUUUGACAGGUGCGUCGCCCCGCGGCGGUGGACUUACGCAUCAACUGGACGCAGACUGACCCCGUCAACAUUCUCAAGGUAGCUUUCGAGAUUUCAUAAAGGCGCCCAGCGUGAGUUCGAGCUACACCUGCGGGACGCAAGGGCUUCGUAGAAAAGCUGACACGUUGACGAAGGCUUUCAGGCACCAGGAGCCUAUUUGAACGGCAUUGAACCCAAAGUUUUGGAAGUACACGCAGACCAUGAGACAGCCACGCUAGUGCUCAGCUAUAGCUGGGGAUUGGCUUUAGUGCGCCCAUAUACUUGCAUCAAGUCUCCAGAACAUUGGUCAUCGCUACGAGUGGCCUUCCUCGACUACUAUCUCGUCGGACAAAGCGCCGUUUCGGAGAGGAGGUGGAACGUGAGACGCAGCCGUAACGACUACGCUUCUGGACGCGUGUAUCAAAGAUUGGUGGAACGGCACGAGUACGGCUUCUUUGUCGACCUCGAUGCUCACCGUCUGGACCCAACCUGGACGCCAAAGCACCACCUCUUUGAAAACGUCAACGUCUGGUGCUCGAGACGGCCUGCACGCUUUCCCGCGGCCUUCUAG